AAACCAACAUCGACACGGUCCGCCUUGGAGCAUCAACAGAUCUUUGGACGAGUUUCUUCUCGUGUGAAAUCCUAACAUAAAAUUAGUUGGAAUUCGCUGAUUACAAUUUUGAAACGGACAACACUUGGUAGGCCAAAAUGGGGAGUUUUAUACCCAUUAUCAGCAUAUUGUGUGGAGCUGUUGCCUUUUGCAAAGGUUUGGAAAUACCCUACGCCGGUCAAAAUGGAAUGAAUGAAUUUAAGAAAAGUGGAAUAGCGGACCCUGCAAAUAUCGGUCAGACCAUUGGAAAUCCACUCCCUUCAGCCUUCUUUGAGGAGCAAAUCACUGGAGGAAGGCAUCCAAAUGACGACAAGAGAUACACAAUUGAACAACUUAACCUAGCGGCGAGACAUCGUAAUGUUUACUACGAUACCGUUGGUGGAGACCCGUAUGGUCACAGUAGUCCAGUUCUGUCUCGCUCACAUAUUGCUGUCAAUCACAAGAAAAAGAGAUCACUCACUCAACCCGAAUCAGCUCAAGCUGUUGAUGGUAGUCAGCUCCCUUCCGCUUUCUUUGAAGAGCAAAUAACCGGAGGAAGACACCCAGCUGAUGACAAAAGAUACACUAUUGAACAACUAAAUCAAGCCGCCAGACAUCGCAAUGUGUAUUUCGACACUGUUGGAGGAGAUCCAUAUGGUCACAGUAGCCCUGUUCUGUCUCGUUCACAUAUUGCCGUUAAUCACAAAAAGAGGAGAUCUGUUUCACUAGGAGAAUUAUCACCAGCACCCGGAGCCACCAGUCAAUAUUAUCCAGCGGUUCAAUCCAGUCCUUCAAACGUCCCAGAAGCCGUGAAGAGAGAUGGCAUUGCAAGGUUAAACUACGCUGCAAGACACCGCAAUGUUUAUUUUGAUUCUGUUGGUGGAGAUCCUUACGGCGGAAGCAGCACGGUGCUCACAAGGCAACACAUUUUGGUUAACCACAACAAAAGAUCAGCGGAAGAGAAGGAGACAAAAACUGGGGAAACAUUAAAGAAGAAGCUACGAAUCGCUUGAUAUGAAUGAGUUAUAAUCGUGGCCACAACAAGUGAUGUCUGAACUAUGUAUACAUGUACAUAUCAAAUUUCUGACAAAGGGAGAUAGAAUAAACAACCUUAUUUUGUUA